AUGUCUCCAGUUGCUCCCCCUGAAUCCCUGCUGGAACACAUUUCCGCUAGCAUCACUCAUACUGCAACCUCACAGAUACAUCUGGCAGACCCGCCACCGGCCAUGGAACAAUCUCCGCCUCAAAGUAUAAAAAGAGAGCCGUCGCCGCUACGAGAACACGAGGAAUUGCCGCCUCAGAGUGCGCUGGUGAAUGCUCUCGGCGACCACAAGACGGCCAUGGAUGAAGAAAUGGCGGUCGUAGAAGACAGCGACCAGAAUGUCUGCUCGAACUGUACUACCACCACCACCCCAUUAUGGCGCAGGGCGCCCGAUGGCACCCUCAUAUGUAAUGCGUGCGGUCUCUACCUACGAUCCAACCACCAUCACAGACCGGUCAACUUGAAGCGACCGCCCAACACUGUUGCAGUGAAAGCUCAGGGUGGCUCGUGUAAAGGUGAUGGUUCGUGUAAUGGAAUGGGUGGCUCGCCGGCGUGCGAGGGCUGUCCUGCUUUCGAUAAUCGCAUGUUUACGCGCUGCCAGGGCAGCUCAACCUCCAAGCCCACUGUCGGUGAGACAUCCAAAGUAAAAGGAGAUCUGGAUGGACAGUUGGCGGUGGCCUGCUUCAACUGCCACAGCACCAUCACUCCGUUGUGGCGCCGAGACGAUAUCGGCAAUACAAUUUGCAAUGCCUGUGGCUUGUACUUCAAGUUGCAUGGCAAACACCGUCCCAUUAAAAUGAAAAGGGACACUAUUAAACGUAGAAAGAGAACACCUAACCUAUACAAGAAGCUGGACCCCUCGACGGGAUCCCAUUCAAGAAGCAAUUCCAACGAAAAAUUGUCGGGAAGUGAGACUGCCGAUCUGUCUGUCAUUGACAGUGAAAGCUCUCCUAGCCGGGCGCUGCAUUUCGAUAAAGGGCAUCAUUCGCGUCCUUCUUCGACCACUCCAACUCAAUCAAACUCUCCGUACUACCAUAUUUCUCCACCAGGCCAGGGCCAAUACACCAACGUCUAUUCUCCUCCUCAAACUCGUCCUAUUGGAAACGGACCAGCCUCCACGAAUUUGGUAGCAGCCCAAACACCUUUAAUCCAGUACAAUGCUAGUGGUCAGCCCCUCUCCUCGUACUAUCCACCAUACAUUGGCCAUGGAAGGAUGCCGAACGGUCCUGGUCCUCUUCCUGGUCCUCCACCCUCUAGACCAUACGUAUCGCUGACACAGAGUCUCGCCAUGCCACGCGCAAUUAGCCCUCAAUUUCUUGAUCAGUCAGGAAGGCAUUUACCGAGAGCUGCUUUGGAAUCUGAGAAGAAGCAGACUAUAUCACGCGAAGCUGCAUCUCAAAUGCAGCCAACACUCAAAAAUUCCGAUCAGGCAGAUACCACACGCAGAGUUCCGAUUUCGCAUUAUUUAUCCAGUCAGACAAUGGAUUCUUCCAGCGAGAUCAAAGGUGCUCAAAAUGUCGGUAUUGAACCCAAGUCUGGCUUGUCGUUCUCAGUUUCACCAUCUCCUCCAGUCUCUGUGACUUCCACACCUUCUAGACUAGCAGACACCUCUGAACUGAAGAAUUCGGAGACAGAGCAAAACAACGAAAGUAACAAAGGUAAUAUCGCCCCUAUUGCAGUCGAUUUCACGUCAGCAUUCCAGAUCAAAAAGCCGAAAGUGAGGUCUAUAGAUGACUUGCUUAAUUAG